AUGGUCUGGCACCUGAUGCAAGCCUCUGGGUAUCUCCGGAACUUCGUCCGACCCGUGUACAUGGCCCACACCGUACAUCUCAUUUGUGUACACCAGCUCUUUGCCUACCACCAAAGUCCGUUCUGUAAUAGCGAGCUUGAACGACUCCGUCAUUUGACCAGAAUUUACGUCGACGAUCUGUCCACCUCGCUAGCGCCUCUGGUGAAGUAUGGCUUCUACCAGAUGAGAAUCGAGGUCGACAUCCAAGAGAGAGGGCGUAUUUCCUCGCGCGUGCGAAAAUCCGAGGGCAAUCUAUUCCGUCUGAUUCAACUGAGCGGUGAAUUCCGGGUGGACUCAUUGCUCCAACGUGUCAAGGACCUUUGGCUGGAUCUGAGAGGAGAUAUCCGCCUGAUCCCAGACCCGCGGUAUUUUGCGGCACACCCGGAUCUAAGCGACCUAAUGAUUGAGUUGGAGGAACUAAGGCUGCGGUCGCAUGGAGGGCUCUACGUCCUUUUGCUGCCGAGGCGGAACGUUAAGAACGAAAUCACGGGUAUCCACGAAAUAGCGGUUGAUAAUCUGGCUCAUCAUUGUUGGAGGAAGGGUGUUCGGCUGGGACGGAUCCAAAAAGUCUUAUAUCGGAAAGAGUUUAAAAGUAACCGCCACAUGCACUUCGACGUUAUCCCGACCAAGGAGUUUAUAGCGAUUGGAGCAGAUGUAGAGGAAGAUGGGUUUGAGUGGAGAGACAGUGGCGGGGCGGAGGAUAGGGAUUGGAAGCCCACCAGUAUAGAUCAAGGGGCAGGUAGCGAGGGACGUGAGAGCGAGGACAGUGAUGCUGAUGAUGUCGUUGAUUGGAAACGAGAGAAAUUGAGAAGACACGCCCGGGAAGUGGACAUAAACGUCUGGGAGGCCAAGGCGCAUGAGUGGUACAACGGGUUCGAUGAGGAUGCUGCCUGGAAGGGUGAGGCCGAGGAGGAUGCUGCGUGGAAGAGCUUGCAAAACAUGGUGGCCAACGGUGGAGAGUAUAAAGAAAAUGAGAGUAACCUGGUAACCUCUCGAGCGGUUUUAGAGGCUGAGAGCAGAAUCUGGCUACCCACACUCCUGAGGAAAAGUUAUGGGGGCGUAGGACUGGAAGUGUCGACCUUGUAA